CAGACGCCUCCCCACAGUGGGAAUGAGGACAAUGCCUGCUGGCCCGUGUGGGGAGGGGAUGUAGAGGGCGGCGGCACCGGCCGCUCCUGGCAGCAUGGACGAUGCGGCGGUCCUAAGGAAGAAGGGUUACAUCGUGGGAAUCAAUCUGGGCAAGGGCUCCUACGCAAAAGUCAAAUCGGCCUACUCAGAGCGCCUCAAGUUCAAUGUGGCAGUCAAGAUCAUAGACCGUAAGAAAACACCCACUGACUUUGUGGAGAGAUUCCUUCCUAGGGAGAUGGACAUCCUGGCGACCGUCAACCACCGUUCCAUCAUUAAGACCUACGAGAUCUUUGAGACCUCUGAUGGACGCAUCUACAUUGUCAUGGAGUUGGGCGUCCAGGGCGACCUCCUCGAGUUCAUCAAGUGCCGAGGAGCCCUGCACGAGGAUGUGGCACGCAAGAUGUUCCGCCAGCUCUCCUCGGCCGUCAAGUACUGCCACGACCUGGAUGUCGUCCACCGAGACCUCAAAUGUGAGAACCUUCUGCUUGACAAGGACUUCAACAUCAAACUGUCUGACUUCGGCUUCUCCAAGCGCUGCNUGCGGGANGNNAGNGGNCGNNUNNUNNUNAGCAANACCUUCUGUGGGUCAGCAGCUUAUGCGGCCCCCGAGGUGCUGCAGGGUAUCCCCUACCAGCCCAAGGUGUAUGACAUCUGGAGCCUGGGUGUGAUCCUCUACAUCAUGGUCUGUGGCUCCAUGCCUUAUGAUGACUCCGACAUCAAAAAGAUGCUGCGCAUCCAGAAGGAGCACCGAGUGGACUUCCCACGCUCCAAGAAUCUAACUGGUGAGUGCAAGGACCUCAUCUACCGCAUCCUACAGCCAGAUGUCAACCGGCGGCUGCACAUUGAUGAGAUCCUCAGCCACUCAUGGCUACAGCCCCCCAAGCCCAAAGCCAUGUCUUCUGCCUCCUUCAAGAGGGAGGGGGAAGGCAAGUAUCGAGCUGAUUGCAAGUUGGAUACUCGACCAGGCUCCAGACCCGAACAUCGGCCUGACCACAAACUGGGGACCAAACCCCAACACCGGAUGCUGGUGGCACCCGAGAAUGAAGACAGGAUGGAAGACAGGCUGGCUGAGACUUCCAGAGCUAAAGACCAUCACAUUUCUGGAGCUGAGGUGGGGAAAGCAAGUACCUAGUGGUGGAGAGGGCCCUGGGGGGAUCGUGGUGUGCAGUCUGCACCCACAUAAGCUAAGUAGGCAGGUAGGAGCUGAAGAAGGCACAGGUGCAAGGAACAAGUAAAAUUCGUCAAUUAAACCACUAUUUUGAUUACGUUCUAUUAGCUUUCUUCCACUUAGUAGCAAAGCCAUUAACUACUGACCACCAAAUAAACCACAAAGUGUAUACAAGUA